AUGUGUGUUUCCAUCACUCGUACCCCCUGUUUGCAACCUGCUCUGAUGAUUGCACUGCAUAUGUUUUUCAUGGCAUGGUUUAUUCAGAUCUUAACCAGAACCCUCUUAUUGUUCCAUUGGAAAUACUCCGAGGUCAUUCAAGCACAAAUGGGAGAGGUGCGCCCUAUAGCUUUCUUCAGUUUGUAUUCUGUUGGGUGGUUUAACAAGAUGAAUAAGUUCGCUCAUCAUCCUUUCCCUCGCCAAAUACGGGAGACAUGUUACCAUGGUCUUUUUCUGAUGGUUAUUCCUCCUAAUCGUGGAGGAAACUCAAAUUGGAAGAGGAGUGGAAGUAGCUCAACUGGCAAGGAAGAGGAGGCAGCCAAAAAAAUGCUGCUAGUGCAUGUGCAGCCAUGGUUAUUCUCUGCUGGUGCUGACUCGGUGGUUAGACUUUUUGCCAUUAAGAGGAAAAGAAAGGAAACCGCCUGUACUGGAUCAUACUGCAAGCUAUGGAUCUCACUAGUCGGGUCAGAAUUUUCCGUGCUCUAA